UCCAAGUAAAAGAUGACACCGGCUCAACCACAUUCAUAUUGUUUGACAAAGGAGCUGAGAAAAUUAUUUCUAAAACAGCAAAAGAACUUGCAGAGAUGCAAGAAGAGAUGUUGAAAUUAGAUGAGAAUACUUUACCAAAAGAGAUUCAAAAAAUAAUUGGCAACGAAUAUUUGUUCCAACUGCAUCUUGAUGAAUAUAAUUUGAAGUAUGGAAAAGAAAAUUACACGGUCUCAAAAAUUUUGGAGAAGGAAAUUUCACAUAAGCAAAAAGACGCAAGUAAAGUUGCAGAACAUCAGGACACAAUGGAGGAAAUUGUAAAAAAAUCAAGGAAGGAAAGGUACAUAGCCAGUCAAAAAAUAGAAAUAGGAGAAACAUCUGCUCAAAGACCUGAAAGAAUGCCGCUCCAAAUGCUUCAAAAACGUCAAAAGAGUACUAAGCAAAUUGCUACAAAGAAGAAAAAAAAUUGAACUCUAAUGUAUAAACUACCUUACUCUAAGAGUCUUUA